AAGAAAGAAUUUUUUCUUUAAUUUAUUUAUAUCAAGCUUCCAACUUCUGUUUUGCGGUUUGAUUCAGUGAAGGGAAUCGGUGGAAGAAAAGCAUAACAAUGGGGAAGUUUGCAUUCGCCCCUUGGUUUCACAAGAAGAUCGUCGAUCCUCUUCUCUACAUACUCCGAAGGGGAGCUGAGCCAAAGCAAUUGGCAUUCUCGGCAGCUCUGGGUAUUACCUUGGGAAUAUUUCCCAUAUGUGGGGUCACAGUGUUACUAUGUGGGAUGGCUAUUGCAGUCCUUGGAUCUCUCUGCCAUUCCCCAACUGUGAUGCUUGCUAACUUUGUUGCUACUCCUAUAGAGUUGAGUCUGGUUGUGCCCUUCUUGCGUUUUGGUGAAAUGAUCUCUGGUGGAUCUCGUUUUCCAUUAAGUUCUGAUGCUCUGAAGAAGGUCGUGACUGGGCAAGCAUCAUGGGAAGUCGUACUGAGUAUUGCCCAUGCUUUGUUGGGAUGGCUAGUUGCGGCACCCUUUAUUUUGGCCAUACUCUACAUCCUAUUUUUGCCCAUUUUCAAGUUCCUGGUUCCCAAGUUCAGCUCUGUCCAUUUAAGUCCAAGGAAGUCGUUACCUUCGCAUUCAGAGGUUGCACUUAAGGUGAGAGAUGUUUGAUUCAUGCUAUAAUGUAAAUGUUUCCUUUAGUCAUUUUAUUGAUAGGGAAUUACAUUCUUCUCUCUCUUGCUAACAGAACUUCUUGUACUUAAAUCUCCCUGAAAUUUGCAUGUGUAUAUCUGUAAUGCUUUCUAAGCUGGUGUACCUUACCUGGACUAUGUAUAAAAAUUUGUGAUAUUGGACAAACCAAUGGUUGAUGAACAGAUACGAACUCUAGCAUGUUUUCUAG